CGCUUUCAUUCAUUGUGUGACCUUCGGGUCAUUAUGUAGUGUUAUUGUAAAAAAGGUGUCAUGUUCUUAUGUUAUUGUUGGGAUUUCCCUAUCCUGUUUGGUAAGGGCUGGAGUACCAGUAACACAUUUCACAGGACAAGGCUGUUUACUACUAUGAGGCAUUUACAUGAAAUUGGAUACAGCAAAAAUGGCAAAAUUUAUAGGUAAACUGUAUAUGGUCAUUUACUGUUUCAGGCAUGCCUUAGAAGUCAGAGAAAACAUUCACAAUAAUAUGGCAGAGUACCAAAAUGAACUGUCUGUGGAAAAUGACAUCGCUAUACUGGAAGACAGUCCUUCAGAUGUGGACCAUCCAAGCGCAAUUCCACCAUCUUCCCAUCGUCCAGAAUUUCAGAUCUAUACCUCACCACAAGCUAGUUUAGGAUCAUCACAGUUUGCACUCCAAACUGCAUACAACGAUUUAAAAAAGCGAUACAAUCAACUUGACGGAAAACACAGACAGCUUGUACGGGCUGUUAAAGAAGGUCGUGUUGGAAUGGCAUCGCGGAAUGUGGACUCUGGCGAAGACACUGCCCCCAGGUCAGGGUCGCCUGUGACCAAUGGCCAGCCAGAGAGUGUUGGCAGUGACCUGUCGUCUGCUCAGUUUAGAUCACUUGAAAUGAGGAGCAAAUAUCUAGAGUCAGAAAUAUACAAGUUGCAGGUAGAAGUGAGGAACAAACAACAAGAAGUUGACAGGUUGACUAGCAAGCUCAAAAGAAUUGAAGCAGACAACAAAAGAUUGAUUAAUGAGAGUCAGGCAAUUAAGGAUAAAAUUCAAACAAUGAUUACAAGACAUAAAAUGGAAAUUGCAGAAUUGCAAGAAAAUUUGUCUAAGCUAAGCGAUGAAAAAGAGGCAUCAAAGUCAAGGGUUGAAGUCCUUGAUACUACUUUAAAAAGAAAGGAGAGGGAGUUAGCAGGUUUCAAGAAGCAGUGCUUGGAGCUAGAUCGUCAACUCAAAGAUGCUUUAAAAGAAAAGGAAGAAGAAAAACAAGUAUAUCUAGACAGGCUGUCCUUGUUACAGAACACAGAGACCUCAGGGACAGGAAUAGGAGAAAAAGAACUGCUUGGCUUAAAAUUUCAAAUUGAAGCUGUGAAAAAAGACAAUGAGAAUUUGAAAAAGAUGGUGCGAGAGCAACACUUAUUUAUAGAAAAAGCCGUGCAGAGAGAAAAAGCAGCAAUACGUACAAAAGAGAGGACACCAGCUGCAAAUCCACAAACCAGUGCCAAUAGCAGUAUCUCCCCCCGAGCGUCAUCACCUCAGGCAAAUGCCUCAUCCGCACGCGAUGUGAUGACAGAAAGUUACGCCAUUCCAUGCUCCGAGGACGUAAUGCAAGAUGAGCUUGGGAUGGAGCCAGGACAAGACAUGACCUAUGCAACAAUGAUACCAGCCACUGGGAACACGGACAAUCUCACGCCAGAUGGGCAGUUUGGUUCUCUUCCUUCAGAGACAGGAGGAGUAGGAUCACUGAAUAGUCAGGGAAGAGAAGAGGCAUUGAGAGAGGACCAAACUGCCGAUCCUGAUGAGGGGUUGGGAGGGGACAGUAUGACAUCAGAUCAGGGAGAUAUAUUUGGCUCUGCCCUCAUGGACAUUCCAUCUGUGUCACCAAGAAACACAUCUCAUAGAUCUCGAGGGAGUGCUUCUAAUCCUCCCCUGAGUGGGAAUGCUGGGAACUCUAAUCUUUCUAGGUCUGGAUCAGCAGGAAACAAUAUGGCUGGAAGUAGACUUGGGCCUUCCAGUAGUAACAAUCAGAGAUCUACCGGUUCAUCUGUUCGAAACACGUCGGCUCUUAAUUUUGAAAGAAAUGAAGAGCAUCCUCAAACCCGUGAUAAUAGUAAACAAAAUCCGAAUCUGUACACAGAGGAGCCAGGGGGGUCCAAACUGGGGUCACCAUCUACCAGCCCAACAGUUCUGAACAAUGACCCCCUGCUAGGCCAUAAGGUUGGGAUGAUACCCAGUAAAAACCUCCUUUGUGAUGAGAGGAGCCAACCAGAGGGAGCCACUAUACAUAUCCCGCUGAGAGACAACAUGGAUGAAUAUGACCGUAUUUGUCCGUCCUGUAAUCGAGUUUUUCCCGUGUCAAUGCCAAUGGAGGAGUUACAACAACACGUCAUGGACUGCAUGCCUGGGGAGACUUCGGGGAUUGUGCACAACUCCUUUGAUGACGAGGGGCCAGUUAAUACCGAUGAACGUGUCUGCCCAAUGUGCAGCGCUGCUUUCCCUAAGAUGCUUCCACAAACCGAUUUUGAAAGUCAUGUGAACAGUCACUUUGAAGAUGAAACAUCAAUGGUCUCCCAAUAUGAAGUGUUAAGUGGCAAUUGAAUAUAUAUAUAUAUAUAUGUGCUCAAAUGUAAUUCUUAAUUGAUUAUUCUCUAAAUUCUUCUGUACGUUAAGCUAAUGAAAGUACUAAGUGCAUUUGAUUACAAAUAGAAACUUUUGUGACAUACUUCUAUGGUUUUGAAAGAAAGUAUAACACAAGCACUACAAUUGCCCUAUGGCUACUGCUAUGAUCAUGUGUCUGAGAAACUUUUCUUUUAUAGAUGCUUUAGAGGACUUAAAUCAGUUACCAUUAUCCAUUUUCAGUCUUGCAUCAAAUUCUCAAUAGAAAGGAAAAAGAGCUAUAGUCCAUUUUGUGUUGAACAAAAUUCAAGCAACCUAAAAGUGCAACAUACGGGGCUUUUGCACAAAAAUGGCUUUCUACUGGAAUGCUUGCACUGUUUCAACUAGUCUUCAACACUUAAGAUAUCUUACAUAUAUAUGUAUGACUUUUAUCCUCUUUGUUUAAACAAAGUGAACCGGUACUUGGUUCUUUGUAUUUUUCUUUCGCAUUAUAGUGCACUUGAGUAGGAGUAUUUGUUUCUCUAUUAAACUUGGCAAAAGAUCAGCGUCUGGUCCUUUGCAGUCAGAGUAAGAAUUUUGAUAAAUCACAAAAAAAUUAUUAAUAGUUUCCUUUGUGCAGACCUGCUUCUUGUUCCUUAUCCGAGAAAGUCUCCGAGUAGAAAUUUCAGGUAAACUAAAGUAAAAUGCCCAGGUAAAUUUAAGGUAACCUGUUUAUACACAAGACCAAGAAAGAGUUGCUUUAAUUACUGUACUAUUAUCUCCAACUUUAGAAACAAUGUGUGGUAAUUAUAUGCUAAAAAAGGUUAGUAGUCGGGACAGAAUUUAAAAAAUUGUGGUUUUGUUACAAGUUUUCUUGGUUUUUCUGUAUUUUAUAUUUAUAACAUGCUCCGCAUCACUUUUGCAGAAGGUACUGUAUAUGAAUACAAAUGACAAUUACUCAGACACUG